AUGGCCUCAACUUCCACAUUGCCACAGCCCUCGCGGUCAGGCAAUCCUCCAUCGGGGUCAUUACCACCCCUCCCCAACCCCAAACCCAGAAAGACCGCGUCCGAGACGCCGAGAGCGGCAUCCCCGUAUGGUCCCUCCAAGCUACGCACGCCCUCCAGCCCCAAACCAUCCCUCAAAUCUCCGCUCUCCAGCUCCAACUCCACCACCAACCUCAACGCGCGGUCAUCGUCGGGAGGCCGUCCACCGGGAAGUCCAGACAAAUCCUUGCGCCGAACAAUCAGCAUCGCCUCAUUCCCACAACCACCCAAAGCGGGAAGUCGCCCGUCAACGGCAUCAUCGCUCUCGGGAGUUCCAGGCGCGACCAGUAUGCGCCCGAAACGAAGCUCGCGUCUGAGCACGGGGACCACCAGCAGCUACCGGAGCUCGAAGACACCGUCCUUGUUAAACGGGAGUGGGGAAGGGAAAUUCAUAUCCAGCGGAGAAGCGCGGGACCCAGAGGCAUCGCCCGGACACAGCCGAAGCUCGUCGGCGCAAGGAUCGUGUUCCACCAGUGCGACGACCUUUGAAGAUGCGGACGACACCCACAAAUCGAGCGCCAAGCCAAAGGAGAUCAAGGGCAAUGUGAUCGUCAGUGUGCGCGUGCGCCCAGAUAAUAACAGCGGGGGGGAAACCCCCCGAAACCACGGGGAAUGGUCGGUCGACAGUCGGCAGAGUAUGAUUUCCUAUCGCGGGAAAGAGGGAGGGGAUUACAUCUAUGAUAAUGUCUUUAACACCCAAGAAAAUAAUGCCCGAGUCUACGAUUCCGCCGCCAAACGCCUGGUGCGCCGAGUGAUGGAGGGCUAUCAUGGAACCGUCUUCGCGUAUGGAAUGACAGGCACCGGAAAGACCUUUUCCAUGCAAGGUACUGCCACCUCGCCCGGUGUGAUUCCACUGGCCAUUACAGAUAUCUUUUCCUUUAUUCGAGAAACCCCCCACCGCGAGUUCUUGCUGCGGGUCAGCUACCUGGAAAUUUACAACGAGAAGAUCCAUGAUUUGCUGUCGGCAUCCGCGGCCGGUCCCGGCGCAGGCCCGCAAGAAGAAAUCAAGUUAAGAGAGGACAGCAAACGAGGAGUCUAUGCAACCCCACUCAAGGAGGAGAUUGUGCAGAGCCCAACCCAACUCUUGCGGGUGAUUGCCCGAGGCGACCAUGCCCGGCGCACGAGUAGCACCCAGUUCAAUGCCCGCAGUUCUCGAAGUCACGCGGUCGUGCAAAUUGUCGUCGAAAGUCGAGAACGAGUGCCCGCCGGAAGUCAAGAGAAACGCGCUGCCAUGACCCCGGGUGGAGUGCGGGUAUCAACUUUGAGUCUGAUUGAUUUGGCGGGCUCAGAGCGUGCCGCGGACGACAAAGAGCGCCGGACUGAAGGCGCGCACAUUAACAAGAGUCUCCUCACUCUGGGUAAUAUCAUUUCCGGACUCUCAGAUAAUAAGGAUAAGCAAGGCAACCCGUCGGAUCGCGAUGGGAGGCAUUUGCCUUACCGUGACAGCAAAUUGACCAGACUGCUCCAACCCGCCUUGUCAGGAGGCUCCCUCGUCAGUAUUCUCUGCACCAUCCAGUUCGCCAGCGCGGUCAAUUCACACACGGGGGAGACUUUGAACACGAUGAAGUUCGCCGCCCGUGCGAAGAACAACAUCGUCAGUCAUGCCAAAAAGGCCGAGGAAGCAUAUGGCGGGGGUGGAGGUGACUCGGGAAGUCGAGUAUUACUCGAGCGAUAUCGCAUGGAGAUCCAAGCCCUCCGCGGCCAACUCGAUACUCAAGCCAAAUCCCAGGCGGAGAAGGAACUCAAGUGGGAUGAACAGCAAUACGAGAAGGAGGCCCAGGCUCGCCACGAGGAGCAGGUGCUGGAGAUGCAGUUGGCGCGCACCGCUCUCAAAGAGCGAAUCGAGCAUCUCAACCGCUUGAUCUUGAGCUCCAAAUCCACGGGCGUGAACAAUCAUAACAGCUUGUCUACCUUUGGCCGACUCUCACGGAUGUCUGCCACGGAUUCCGGGUCUCGAUCACUGCGUUCUUCCGCAAGCCAAUCUACUUUGGGGGUUGGUUAUUCGUCCAUGCGCCCUAUCUCAUUCAUGUCGGUCAAUAGCAGCGAGCCUUCCAGUGCUCUUCACUACCCAGGUGGCUCAUUCGGAAAUGAAGACGAGGAAGACCUGGGUGAAUUUGGCGAUGGAAAAGCCAGCCUCCAACGCCAAGUCGCUGCUCUGCAAGCUGAUCUCGGAGACAAGAACCGAUACAUCUCCACCUUGGAACGUCGAUUACUCCAAGCCCGGCGAUCUAGCCAUUCCCGCAUGUCAAUCGGUCCCAAGCCAGUCAGCUCUACAAUUUCCGAGCACCCCGAUGCCUCGGCUUUGGUUCAUGAGAAGGAUCUGGAGAUUAAUGAACUUCGACUGCAAUUGGAUGACAAGGAUCGCAUGCUCGCUGCGCUUCGAUCGGCUACCCGACACCGCGAUCUCGCGACCAAUGACUCCCCCGACCUCCGGAGUGGAUCGGUGGCUGGAGACAGUCCGGCGCUCAAUGGUCAAGGCUUUGGCAGGAUGGACAGUCCCUCUCGACGUCCAUUAUCUGGUCGCAGUGAAAAAGAGGACGCGGGAAAAAAUAUGGACGAAGUCUCGCGGAUGCUGGAAGAGAUGAUCCAAAACCGGGAUGGCCAACGAAAGAGUAUCAGUGACAGUCGACGCGUCUCCGCGCAGGUCGCCGGCCUCAACCCCAAUGCUCCCUCAUGGGAUCCCAGUCUCAGCCCCCCGGUUCAGGAAUGA